ACUCAACGGGAACGGUUAUUCGUUAAAAAGAGUAACGAUAUCGUUGCGCAUAUUAAAGUGCAAUUUUUGCAAACAAUUCGAUUCGCUCGCGCGUAUUUAAGCCAAAAAAUAUUUCAUCUAUUCAUACCGCAUUCAACUGCUGGCAAUGUGGACCUAAGAUGCGGCACCAGAGACACGGGAAGCCAAGGACACGGCUCUAUGGACUGCUCAGUGUGCCGUUAUUGCUGUUGGCCUGGUCACAGGCGCAGGCGCAAACCAGCACAGCGCUCACUGAACAGGAACUAAAUGAGGUUCAGGUAACUGUGAUAAGUACGCCGUAUACGCUCAGCUUUAGCGUUAGCGCCGAGGAUAAGGAUAAAUACGUAAUUGAGAAUGUCACGUGUCCCGCGGGCAGCGCCUCAACGAGCCUAGGCGCAGAGCAACUUGUCUGUGAAAAUCUGGAACCCUGCACGAGCUAUACAACCGUCGUAACGCUGAGGAGUACGGCUCUAGGCGCCACGCCCUUUGACCAAAUCGUAGUUGCCUACACAGAUUACAAGGAUCCAAAAACCAAUUUGACCUCCGUUGUGGCUUCGGAGACAAGCAUCGAGCUGACGUGGGAGACCAGCGAUCGGGCCUGUGUGAAGCACUUCGAGAUCUAUGCAACUGCGCCGGAUACCUCGCGCUUCCGGCAGCAGUUCAAGGAGGAGAGCAAAGAUACCGUUGAGGAAGUGUGGCCCUGUCGCACCUACAAUGUCACACUGGAAACGAGGAAUAAUGCGAGCGUUAUUGUCGAUAGCGAUAUGAGAUUCGUGGACACCGGCUAUCUGGAGCCUGGCGAGCUGCAGCUAACCAUUAGCAAUCGCUCCAAUGGCGACACGCUGGUCGCAUGGAACGAGCCGGACAAUAAGAGCUGCAUAGGCAGCUUCACCAUUGUCUGGCGGCGAAACGGCUGCGUAUCGGAUGAGGAGCCGGAGACGACCACAGCAACCACAGAGCAGGAGGAUGAGACGACAGCAACCACGUUUUUGGAUGACUGGACGGGCGCAACGACUGUGCCGCCGUAUACUGACGUGGAAUCGGAGACUAAAGAGGAUUGCGGCGGAAGCGAGACCUCGAAUGACAGCACCUUGAAACAGUUUACCAUUACCGAGCUGCAAGGCUGCGCACUGCACACCAUCGAGGUCUACAUCAAUAUGGAGCGCAAUACAACGGCCAAGGCCACCGAGACGUUUGUGUCCGGCGCGAAGAUGCCCAGCGCUGUGUCGCAGCCCAUGCAGGAGAUCAAUGCCACGGAGCUGCGCUGGUCCUGGUCACCGCCCAGCGAUCAUGCGCAGUGUGUGGCCAAUUAUCGUGUGAAUCUGGCUGGGCCCAUACAGCGCCUGGAAUAUGAGAGUGGCGAGCAGCUGACCAAUGAGACCUUCAUGCUCUUCACCCAACUGGAGCCCUGCGGCACAUACAAUGUGGAAAUUGUGCCGCUUUUGGCGAACGGCAGCAUGGGCGGCAAGUUCCAGAGUCAGAGCACCCUCAGCGAGGAUCAGCCCACACAGAUAUUGGAGCCGCACAGCAGCACCGGACCCUUUUCCAUACAGUUGAACUGGCAGAUACCGAGCUACGCCGAUCUGUGCAUCGAGGGCUAUCGCAUAUCCGGUUGGAUGGACGGUGGCUCAGAGGUUGUCGCCUUGAGCGUCAGCACACAAAAUAAUACUGUGCUAUUCGAGAAGGAUCUGAUGGCCUGCCAGGCAUAUACCAUACAAAUAAUACCCUACACGCACGAGAAUCUGGAUGGCGAGCUGCGUCAAAUCGAAGUGGAAACACAGGCCGAUGUUGUUAACGGCGACAAGACUGAUCUCGCACUGGUGGGCAACGGCGCCACAUCGCACAGUCUGGAGCUGAUUGCCUAUAAUAAGGAUUUCAAUAACAAUUGCCAGACGUUCUUUGCGCACUUCAAUUGCUCCGCCAACUCGGAUGUGCCGUACACCUAUGCCGAGAAAUACGUGGAGAGCUAUCGCGAGAGAGGCUUUCAGGCAAUUCUUGCGCCGCUCUCGCCCUACACGAAAUACGUUUGCCGUGUGUCGCUGCACAAUAUGGCUGGCGCCUCGAAGGUCAAGUCCCUGACGCUGGAAACCUUGGUCUAUUUUCCCGAACAACCCAGAAACGUUAUGUUAACCAGCAGCAGCAAGCACAGCUUGACCUUCACCUGGGAACAGCCGAAACUACUGAACGGACUCAUCAAGUAUUACCAGGCAUUUCUGAUGCGCUACGAAGCAGAUUAUUUUGUGCCCAGCAUAUGCGAAGCUAUAACCGAGCUGCCAAAGACCGAUACUAAGGGCGACAUGACCAAUACCUUCUAUGAUCUGGCGCCCGCCGUCAAGUACAUUAUGCAAGUGGCUGCACAGAAUGAUUUCGGUCUGGGCCCUUAUACGGCGCCAGUUAUAGGUGUUACGGCCUCGGAUGUGUCGGAUCCUGUGACGGAUCUAAAUGUAACCUCGGAGGGACCCGGGCUGGAUCCGGACAAUUAUAGCGCCAAUGUGACCGUCGCCUGGACCAUACCCUGUAAGUCGAAUGGUCGGAUCGAGUGGUUCGUCUUGGAAUUUAGUGGCACACGAAAACAGCAGGAAAUCAAAUUCCAACGACAAGUGCCGCCUGCCGGACACGACAUGAAGGGACGCAUGUCAUAUACCGAAACAGAUCUACAGCCCGAAGUUGAAUACACCGUAAAAGUGGCCAUUAAAACGAGCAAUGUGUCUACUUUGAGCGACAGUGCAAAAAGGGAGUGGAAAUCGCCAUCUGGUCUACCCUCUGCUCUGGGCGAGGAUCUGGUGCGUCAAAUGCGCGUCAGCGCCUAUGAGACAAAUCAUCCAACCAGUUCGGCAAUUGUGCGCCUGCCCGGCAACAUUGUUAACUCCGAGUCGGGCAACAUAACGUAUAUAGCGUUGUUGCUUUCCCAGAAGAAUUGUGCUGGUGAACCGCAGCUGAAGCAUGAUGUGCUCAAAUCUGGCGAAUGGCCCACUGUGGCAUCCUGGGAUGAGGUGGGCAGCGAUUGCAUUUAUCAGUAUCAAACCACGCCGCUCCAGUGGCAGCCGCAUGUCGCAAAGAACGGACGCGACAUUAGCGAGGAGGAAAUAACCUUUACCAUUGGAGUUGGCAAGUGUCCCGAUGUAACCGAGCGCUAUUGCAAUGGCCCGCUCACUGCUAACACCGAAUACAACAUGGUGGUGCGCCUGUUCACCAGCUCCGGCUACAAUGAUGCCGCCCUACUGGAGUUCAGGACGGAUGCGGCCAUCAAGGUGACGCUCAUCCUGGUCAGCGUCUGCAGCUGCCUGCUGCUGGCCUUCAUCUUGGGCUUGGUUGUGCUUUGGGUGCGCAAGCGUAUAGCCUGGCAUCGGGACUCUGGUCAGGGCAUAGAAGAUCCAUUUGGUAAUGUCAUAGCCAAGAACUUUGCCAUAUUUUAUGCGGACGUGGCCAAGCCGGAGAAAUUGACGCGCGAGUUCAAGGAAAUUACCGUAGUGGCCUUGGAGCUGAGCUAUUCGGCCUCUGAAUUGGGCAGCAAUAAGAAUCGUUAUGCGGAUAUAUAUCCAUAUGACAAGAAUCGCGUGAUAUUGGACAUAGAUAGUGAAGGAUCGGACUAUAUCAAUGCGUCCUUUAUUGAUGGUCACACCCGCAAAAAGGAGUAUAUCGCGACUCAGGGUCCGAAGCCGGAGAGCGUUAUGGAUUUCUGGCGCAUGAUUCUGCAGCACAAUGUCCGCGUCAUUGUGCAGGUUACCCAGUUUCGUGAAGGCAACAUUAUCAAAUGCCACGAGUAUUAUCCCUAUAAUAUGCGCGGUGUCAGCGUCACAAUAAAGUCAAAGGAAUCUUUCGAGAUCUACGAUCGCACGGAGCUCUGUGUGGUCCACGAGAAAUAUGGUCUCAAGGAGAAAGUCAUACAUUUCUUCUUUAAAAAGUGGCCCGAUCAUGGCUGUCCCGAUGAUCCCAACCAUUUGAUUACCAUUGUCAGGAAGGUGAAAGCGGAGAAGCGUCCAAACUACUCGCCCAUUGUGGUGCACUGCAGCGCCGGUGUCGGACGGACGGGCACAUUUAUUGGUCUGGAUUUGAUAAUGCAGCGUUUGAAGAGCGAAUCGAAAAUAAAUAUUUUUGAAACAGUCAAGAAACUGCGCUUUCAGCGCAUGAAAAUGGUGCAAACGCAACAGCAGUACACAUUCCUGUACAGAUGCACCUAUGAGCUGGUCAAGCACAAGAUACCACGUGCCGCACUCAAGCUCGAUGGACGCACCAAAACGGAUUCAAUACCAACGUUGCCCACCACAAAGAAGGUCAGCUUUCCAGAUACCGAUCUGAGCCGUGUAGAGGCGGCUGUGCUGGACACACCAGAUCCGGAGUUGCACGAAGACGCUGGACUUUCAACAACAGUUCAGCUACCCUCACGUUUUGGGGGCCUACGCCGAACAAAGGAUUUGGAUUCGUUGUACGAGCAGCCAGAGCGGAACAGCUACAAGCAGCCAAAUGGUGGCAACGGCGAGUGUUCCAUAUGAUUUUAUGAGCAUUUUACUGACAUCAUGCAUGUGUUCUGCGAAGUAUGUGUGUGUGUAUUUAUUGUAUUAUAAAAAUAUAAUUUAGCUGCAAUAAUAGCCAAAGAGAAAUGUCUAUCGCUAAAGCAUUGUACUGUGAAAAUAAA